AUGACCAAUACAAAGAACAAGACCGUGUUUGGCAUAAAAUAUCACAAAAACACACCCGACUGAAUCCGAUCACAAACAAGUAAACAACUUAUAUGUUCUGAAAGGGUCUCGAAAAGCAAGAAGCAGCUGCAAAUCCAUCGAUCCAAACAGAAACGAUGGCGGAAGAUUUAGUGUUAGAUACAGCAAUAAGAAACUGGGUUUUGAUACCAUUGUCUGUAGUUAUGGUGCUAAUUGGUGUACUUCGUUACUUUGUUUCUAAGCUCAUGCGCUCCUCUCAAAACCCUGAUCUCAAAAUUGUCAAAGAAGGGCAAGUUAUUGUGAGGGCUAGGAAUUUGAGGGCUGCUGCUAAUUUUAUUCCUGCCAAGGCUUUUCGGGCCCGAAAAGCUUAUUUUACCAAUGAGGAAAAUGGAUUGCUUCAUGUUCCUAAGGGCCAGGCUCAGAACAAUCCACAGGCUCAGAUGUUCUCUGAUCCCAACAUGGCUAUGGAUAUGAUGAAGAAGAAUCUUUCAAUGAUCAUACCCCAGACUCUUACUUUUGCAUGGGUCAACUUUUUCUUCUCUGGAUUUGUAGCAGCAAAGAUACCCUUUCCACUGACUCAGAGGUUUAGGUCAAUGUUACAAAAUGGAAUCGAUUUAAGUACUGUAGAUGUUAGCUACGUCAGCAGUCGCUCAUGGUACUUCCUCAAUCUGUUCGGACUAAGGGGUCUAUUUAGUCUUAUUCUAGGAGAAGAAAAUGCUACAGACGACACACAACGCAUGAUGCAAAUGAGUGGAUUUGGUUUUGACCCAUCUAAGAGUUUGGGUGCGGAGAAAGAUGGACUUGACAUAAUUCAGCAUGACUGGGCCAUGCCAAAGUUUGAACAGCGAGCGGAGGCUGUACUAAGGAAGCUUGUUAGCUAAACAAGUGAUGUUUGACACCUUAUCUGAUUGGACCGUAUCCCUUUCCGGUGCAUUUUCGCCUUCAGCUCCGCAGAUACGUCCAAAAGACUAGCUUCUCAACAACGUUCAGAUAAUUGAUGCUUGUUGAUACCAUAGACCUCUUGUGAGUGAGAAAUCUUACUUGUUCUGGUUGUGUAUUAAAAUUACUCAAAGGCUUUAAUUAAUUUGAUCCUAGUGAUGCCUGAAGUAGGUGAUAUCAGGAUUUUGAAUUGUAGUUUUCCAAUAUGGGGAUGGUAUCAAAUUACUAGAAUAAUUUGUUUCAAUUUGUGCAAAUGCAUGUAGUAUUUACUUUGA